UUGUUCUGUGAGUUCGGAAAGUUCCAAUUUUUGUGGGUGGGUGUUGAGACGGUCUUAAGGGUCUUCUAAUACCAUCGUUUUUAAUCAUUUUUGUCGAGUUUUUUUUGCUAAUAUAUAUAUAAAAAUAGACAAAGAAAUUCUCUUUAUUAAAGUUUAGAUCUUUCAUAAUUUGUUCUGCCUGUUUAGGACUCUUUGAGCCGUUGAAGAAAUUUAUGUUUGUUUGCGAUUCAUUGAAUUUAGUCAGUCGACAUAUUUCCUCAUCCUGUCAACAUGGUUGCUUCUUUCUUCAACGUGAAUGAAACUUUUUUGGGAAAUUUUGCCCUGUGAGCAUUUGAAGGGACUUACAGGGUCAAUUGAUUGAUGCUACUUUCGCAUUUCGUGUCCGAUGUUUUGGCUUUUCCUUAAAGCUACUUUAUAUAUUUCCUUUCGGUGCUUCAAUUGAUUGAUCUGAAGUUUUGUUCAAAUCCAUAUUUUUUUUCCUUUUGUGUCUUUGGGGAAAUUUCUGGUUUCUUGCCUGAAUUUUUUCUGCUUCAAAUUUGAUCACUCUGUUUAUCUUUAAAUUUGUUGCCACUGGUUUUACAUUCCCUAGUGAGGGAGAAAAGAGAGAGAGAGAAAAGAAAAGGGUAAAAAAGGAUAAAAAGGUAGAAAGAGAAACAUGGCUCUUUCUUGCACUAGAUUUUCAUGGUUAUGGUUGGGUGGGAAAGCUAAAGACCAAGUUUCAAAUGGGUCAUCCACAAAUUCUAUAAAUUCUUUGGAUGAAAGUGGUUUAGGAUUGAGAGAAGAACCUGAAAGUCUCAAACUUUAUUCAAUGAACAGCAAUUACAAAAGAAUUCCUCCUUCGAAUUCGAACAGGAAAAAGGCAAAGAGGAAAUGGAAGAGGAGGGGAGAUAGUGACAAUAGGAUUGAUAGAGAGCAUGAUGUGGUUUUGGUGCCAUCAGAUGGUUUUUGUUUGUCCGAGUCUGAAUCUGACGACUCUGAUUGGUCAAUCGGGUGGCUCGAGCCACACGAUCCAGGUUUUCAAUGUGAUGGUGAUGUAGAUAACAGUUUUGCUGUGUUGGUCCCUUGCUAUAGGCAUGAUUGCCAGGAAUUGGAGGGAAAUGAGUUUGACAGCGGCAUGCAGUUCUUGGGCGCAGUUAAAAACCGUCCUAAUGGUUAUUCUGAUGUGGGUAGGGAGUACAUGGAGAGGUGGCUUUCUUCUCUCGAGAAGUUUUGAAGCUGCUUAUCGCUCGGCCACACUAUUUACAACUACCUCUUGCCAUCUUUAAAUAAACUUCGACUUCUAAAUCUUAGAUUUAAAAAGAAAAAAAAAA